CACGAAGAUUGAGUAGUAGCAUGCAUAGCGUUCAUAAGUAUCCUUUCAGGGUCGGCGACUAUUAUGUAUAAUACGCUACCAAGGUAAACUACCUCGUUGUCACCCUCAAUCCCUUGAGCCGAGCAACCCCGCCCCUGGUAGUUUAUUCUUAGCGAGUUGGUGCGCUAGGCAAUACUUGAUGCCACACUCAAAUGCAAUGGCCAGCAACCAUAGCUUACAGGCAGGCCUGUGACGUCGAAUUGACGUCUGGUUCGAGGAAAAUCCGCUGGCAAGUCUGGCUUGCUCCCUUGUCGUCGAAACAUCGCUUGGUCGCGAGCCGGGCCCCAUUCUGCCUAGUACACCAAACCCGCACGACUGCGAACGCUAGGGCUCCAGGGUGGCCGUCCAAGCAAGAGGCAGAGAGGUCAUGGGAGUUGGCAAGUUCCGUGCAUCGAGUCGAUACCCCAGCCCCUUGUCGGCCGUGCACCACGGUGGCAACAUAUCAAAGUGUCGCUCUCCAAGAGCCCUACGCAAUAUCAGUCGCCAGGCUUUCCAUGUCUGGAGACCUUGCACCAUGGGAUUUGCAUGUCCGAUCAGUACUGACGGGUACGGCACCAAUCCAUGCAUGCAUGUACUUCCAGCGGCAUGUAAACCAACCAUCAAACCAUAUGAGAAGUGCCCCUCAGCCACGUCUAGCCCGAGAUGCGCAACGAUUGUCUGCAAAUCUCAACCCCUGGGGCAUACGUAACUCUUGAAAGCACAUCCGCUAACCUGCUGGUAUUUGGUGUAGCCCAACAAUCUUGACAUGGCCGUCAUGUCGGCUUCAUCCCCGUUUUCGAGAG